AUGGUCAUGAGAGUUCUCUCUACUCAUCUCUGAUUCGAUUAUCACGUUAGGACACGACACGACGCACUAAUCGUGGUGAUACUAUCGUGUUACAACGUGUCUACGUGAAAGCUAACCUAUAUCAAUAUUUUAACGUUUUUGCUAUGGGUACUCCAAUAUUAACAAAACAACAACAGAAACAGUCAUUGUCAGCGAAGAAAGGAUCAGUCAAAGGAUUACGAAAUGUCUUAGCGCAACCACAAGAUAGUUAUUGGCCAAUUGUUGAUGAAGGAAAGUGUCCAUUGUUGGAAGAUGUUUUAAACAAAUUAAUGCCAUCUAUAAAACGUCCGUCUAAAUUAGUUCCAUGGUCACAACUUAGACAUAUGAAGAAAGAAGAACGUAUAAAAGCCAAAAAAGAAGCGCUUCUAAAACAAGAGAAUAUUCCUAAUUCAGAAUUAAUAAAUUCUGUGGUCUUGGGCAUAAAUAAUAUCACAAGAUCUUUGGAAAAAAACAAUGUCUGUUGUAUUCUAAUGGAUGCGAACAUUUCACCGCCGCUUUUAAUAAAGCAUGUUAUUUAUAUGGCACAAAAUAAGAAAAUACCGGUAUUAUUAUUGCCUAAAUUGAAAACUGUAACAUUAAACACCAUAGGAUUUGCAUCUGCUGCGUGUGCCUUGAAGAAUGUCGUGAUGGAUAAUACAGAUCAUCAUUUUCAUCCUUUGUAUACAACAAUAUGUGAUAUUUUUAAGGAUGUACCUUUACCAAAAAAUAGGCUCCAAUUAUUCAAAGAUAUUGAAACAUUAGAACAGAUUACAUCAGAUAAAGAAAACAAAAUGAACGUUGAGAGUGAAUCUCGAGUCUCCUCGGAACCAAUUAAACAUACAGUAUCUACAAAUGUAUAUAUGUAUAGAUCUUCACACAAAGAAAGGGCAUUUGUUCCACCUAGCACAACAGAAAGUUCCACAAAUGAGCCCAUUGUGAAAAAAGAAGAACAAGAUAAUUUUAUUUCUUUAGCUAAUUAUGAUUCUGAUGAAUUCGAUACAAAUAUAAAGAAACAUACGAGAUAUAUUAAUAUUCAUGAAGAUCAGCAUCCGACAAAACGAAAAAAGUUUCCAAGAGUUAAUAAUGCAUCUGCAAAUGUUAAAUAUUUACCUUUAAAAGUCAAACGCUUACAGGGUAACGUUAAUCGUGCAAAAGCGGCGAAAGUUUCCAAAUAUAAAAAAUAAUGUCGCAUCAUAGUAGUAUCAUAUACUUCAUGAAUGUCACCAGAGAAUUUCUUAUCUUACAUGUUAAUAAAUAUCGAAUAUACAAAUA